UACGACUGCAUCCGGUGUCACAGGUCGGGGGGGGGGGGGAGGACUAGGAUUUCGGCAACAACUGCGCGCUGAACCUCGGUGGCUCGUUCAGCGCAGUCGAAAAAGUGGUCCUUUCCCUCCGUGAAUCACUACCGUCGUCGCACAGACUCUGCGAGUGGCUUUACCUUGAACCACUGUUUCCCUGCACUUCGACCCGGCACAACAAUAAAACGGAGACCCCCCCCCCCCCUUUAAAGAUCGGCUCGUUGUGGCGUUAACUUUAACUUUCAAACAGGUGCACGGCGUUUCUCCUCAUGCGCAGAGUUCAUCUGAGCCGCCGUAGUUGGACCGUGCUGCUCGUCGACAAGGACCUUUUUUAUUUUUUUUUUUUUUUUUUUUUUUUUACAAGUUGUCUGAGUAAUUUAACAAAGCUCCCUUCUGGUCAUGCAGCUGGUGAUCCGCCGGUACCGUCCCUCAGACAAGGACGCAGUGCUCACUCUGUUCAGCAUCGGCAUCCGGGAGCACAUCAGUCCAUGUUUUCACAACGCCAUGACCAGCCCUCUCUACCUCGCCAUCGCCCUGGCUCUGUGUGUUGCUGGCUACCUCCUCUGCUCUGUGUUAGGGGCCGUGGUGCUACCGGGGGUCUGGGUGGGCCUAGUCUACUACUGCUGUCACGAGCUAUAUGCCGGCUACGUCAGGGAGAGACUCCGGACGGACAUGCAGGACAUCCCUGGGAACUAUCUGAGCCGGCCGGAUGACUGUUUCUUGGUGGCGCAGGCUGAGGUUGAUGGGACGGUGAAGAUCAUGGGUAUGGUGGCUGUGAUGGCCAGACAAAAUGGGAAAGAAAGGUACGGGGAACUGUUCCGAAUGAUCAUCUCACCACUGUCCAGACGGAUGGGCCUGGGCUUCAGGUUGGCUCAGACCGUGGUCGACUUCUGUAAGGAACGAGGCUUCUCCAAGGUGGUGCUGGAGACCAGCUCCACCCAGACGGCCGCUGUGGCCCUGUACGAGAAACUGGGGUUCUGUCACGUCCUCUCACACACCGAAACAGAGGCUCCCCUGUGGGUUGUAAGGCUGGCCAAUGUUCGAGUUUUAAGAAUGGAAAAACACUUGUAGUUCUGAAAGAACCCUGAUCAGCCACCGUAAUGUUCCUAUUCCUCUAGCACUUGACUGAAACCAAACCGCAGAACCACAGAAAAAAGUAUUUUUAAGAAGCUUUUACUUGUACUGUUUGGAAGAGCUACUCAUUGGUUUCAAACAUGACAGGCUGCUUUUUGGUUUACUGGCUCAAGCUUCACCAACUGUUGAUUAUUGUAAUGUGUGCAUUUUUUAAAAUAAAAAGUAGUUUCAA